AUGAUUCAUCAAGUUAAACUUCUAUUUUUUGUUUCAUAUAUUUUGUUUAAUCAAUAUUCAAUAGAAGCUACAAUAUUUAGCUGUAAUACUUUUGCAUCAUGUGGUUGUUCACGAUAUAAUGUUGAUAUUAAUGCACGAAUAAUUGGUGGUGAACCAGCUGUCAAUCAUAGUUGGGGUUGGGCUGUUUCAUUACGUGUUUUGAAUGAAAGUCAUUUUUGUGGUGGAACAAUACUUUCUUCAGAAUAUAUACUAACAGCAGCACAUUGUGUUGAUGAUCCUGAAAUCAUGAAUUAUGAAUUUAAAGUUGCUGUUGGUACAGAUACAUUAUCCGAUAAUAAUGGACAGAGAAUUUUUGUAUCAAACAUUUUUAUACAUCCACAUUGGGCGUCUAGAACUAAAGAGAAUGAUAUUGCUAUACUUAAAUUGAAAAAUCCUAUUAUGUUUAGUGAUCGUAAUAUUGCUAAAAUAUGUUUUCCAUCUAUAAAUGACUUAUCAAUAGCAAUCGAAUAUCCUCUAGUUAAAACAUCACUUGUAGCUAUUGGUUGGGGAUAUACAACAUCAAAUGGUGAACUACUAUCUGAUAAUUUGAAACAAGUAACAGUUCAAAGUAUUGCACAUCAAGAAACAAAAUGUGCUAAUUCAAUUAAUAAUAUCAGUAUACAAUUUUGUGCAGCUGUUACUGACGGAAACAAAGAUACUUGUGAAGGUGAUUCAGGUGGACCAUUAAUGUAUUAUUCAGAAUUAUAUCAACAAUGGAUGAUAGUAGGCAUUACAUCGUAUGGUCAUGGAUGUGGAGUUAGUAUUUAUGCAGGUAUUUAUACUCGAGUUAGUAUGUAUAUUGAUUGGAUUAAAUCAAUUACUGGUCCAGAUGUACAAGGAACGAUAUAUUCAUGUAAUACAACAGCUCCAUGUGGUUGUUCACAAAACGAAGUUAAUAUUAAUUCUCGAAUUGUUGGUGGUGAAAUUGCUGCUAGUCAUAGUUGGGCCUGGGCAGUUUCAUUACGUGUAUCAAGCAUUGGACAUUUUUGUGGAGGCACAAUUAUUUCUCCACAUUAUAUACUAACUGCAGCACAUUGUCUAGAACGUAUUAGUUUAUCACGUAUAGACGUAACAGCUGCAGUUGGUACAGAUACUCUCUAUGAUACUGAAGGACAAAGAGUUCUAGCAUCAAAAAUCUAUAUGCAUCCAAGAUGGAAUACAGUUACGAAAGAAAAUGAUAUUGCUAUUCUCAAAUUAAAAAAGGCAAUAUCUUUUGGGGGCAGGAAUAUUGCUAAACUUUGUCUUCCAGCUAUAAGCGGUUUUGAUGCAACAAGUUUUCCAUCACCAAAUACAAACCUUGUAGCAAUUGGAUGGGGCUCAAUGGAAUCAGACGGUCCUACAUCAGACGUCCUUAGACAAGUAACUGUUCAAUCUGUUAGCGAUCAAGUACAAAAAUGUAGUAAUUCAAUUAAUAAUGUCGAUUUACAAUUUUGUGCUGCCGUUGAUGGUGGCGGAAAAGAUACCUGUCAAGGAGAUUCAGGUGGUCCAUUAAUGUAUUAUUCAUCAGUAUAUCAACAAUGGAUGAUAGCCGGUAUAACAUCUUACGGUCAGGGGUGUGGUUUGAGUAAUUAUGCAGGUAUUUAUACUCGAGCCAGUGUAUAUAUCAGUUGGAUUAAACAAAUUGUUGGUAAAGAUGGCGUGGUUAUUGCUGGAGAAAAUAGCGCUAAUAUUGGUAGCAUGUCCAGUAUAUUUUCUAUGAUGAUGCUUGCAUUUUUAUUUUUAAUACGUUCUUUUUCAUAA